GCCCGCCUCAGGUGCAGUGGCGCGGCGGGCGAGAAGGUGCAUGGGGAUGAUCUCACUCGCGCACUCCAAGCCAGGAGGAGGAGGAGCGGGAGCGACUCCAACUUCUGGGUAGUGUCGCCGCACGCCACCGGCAUCUUGCUUUUUCUUCCCCUCCCCUGGGUCCCCCUCCCUGCUCCCUCCUUUCCUUUUAUUCCCAGCCCCACCCGCCAAAAUGAACAGCUCAGACGAGGAGAAGCAGCUGCAGCUCAUCACCAGCCUGAAGGAGCAAGCAAUAGGCGAAUAUGAAGACCUCAGAGCAGAGAACCAGAAAACAAAGGAGAAGUGUGACAAAAUUAGGCAAGAACGAGAUGAAGCUGUUAAAAAACUGGUAGAGUUUCAGAAAAUUUCUCACAUGGUUAUAGAGGAAGUUAAUUUCAUGCAGAACCAUCUUGAAAUAGAGAAGACUUGUCAAGAAAGUGCUGAAGCUUUGGCAACAAAGCUAAAUAAAGAAAAUAAAACACUGAAAAGACUCAGCAUGCUAUACAUGGCCAAGCUGGGACCAGAUGUAAUAACGGAGGAGAUAAACAUUGACGACGAUGAUUCAACCACGGAUACUGACAGUGCCACCGAGACCUGUGUGUCAGUCCAGUGUCAGAAGCAAAUCAAAGAACUUCGAGAUCAAAUUGUAUCUGUUCAGGAAGAAAAGAAGAAAUUAGCUAUUGAGCUGGAAAACCUCAAGAGCAAACUUGUAGAAGUAAUUGAAGAAGUAAAUAAAGUUAAACAAGAAAAAGUGGUUCUAAAUUCAGAAGUUCUUGAACAGAGAAAAGUCCUAGAAAAAUGCAACAGAGUGUCCAUGUUAGCAGUGGAGGAGUACGAGGAGAUGCAGGUGAGCCUGGAGCUGGAAAAGAAUCUGCGGAAGAAAGCAGAGUCGUUUGCACAAGAGAUAUUCAUUGAACAAAACAAGCUAAAGAGACAAAGCCAUCUUCUGCUGCAGAGUUCUGUCCCUGACCAGCAGCUCUUGAAAGCCUUAGAGGAGAAUGCAAAACUCAUUCAGCAACUCGAAGGAGAGAGAAUUCAGCAUCAGCAAAAGGUCAAAGAAUUAGAAGAACAGCUAGAAAAUGAAACCUUGCACAAAGAGAUCCAUAACCUCAAGCAGCAGCUGGAGCUUCUAGAAGAAGAUAAGAAGGAACUGGAACUGAAGUACCAGAAUUCCGAGGAGGCCAGGAAUUUGAAGCAUUCUGUGGAUGAACUUCAGAAGCGAGUGAACCAGUCUGAGAAUUCAGUGCCUCCUCCACCUCCUCCUCUACCACCUCUUCCUCCUCUGCCUCCCAAUCCUAUCCGAUCCCUCAUGUCCAUGAUCCGGAAACGGUCCCACCCCAGUGGCAGUGGUGCUAAGAAGGAAAAGGCAACCCAACCAGAAACAACUGAGGAAGUCACAGAUCUGAAGAGGCAAGCAGUCGAGGAGAUGAUGGAUAGAAUUAAAAAGGGAGUUCAUCUUAGACCAGUUAAUCAGACAGCCAGACCGAAGACAAAGCCAGAAUCUUCAAAAGGCUCUGAAAGUGCAGUGAAUGAACUAAAAGGAAUACUGGGGACACUUAACAAAUCCACUAGUUCAAGAAGCUUAAAAUCCCUUGACUCUGAAAACAGUGAAACUGAGUUAGAAAGGAUUUUGCGUCGCAGAAAGGUGACGGCAGAAGCAGAUAGCAGUAGUCCUACUGGGAUAUUAGCCACCUCAGAGUCCAAAUCCAUGCCAGUGUUGGGUUCUGUAUCCAGUGUAACAAAACCAGCCUUGAACAAGAAAACUCUGGAGGCAGAAUUCAACAGUCCGUCCCCCCUAACACCUGAGCCAGGUGAAGGGCCCCGUAAAUUGGAAGGAUGCACAAGUUCCAAGGUUACUCCUCCCAGUAACGGUGGAUACAGGAGGAAAUACGUGGGCAGUAGUGAAAGACAAGCUGAACCCGUUAUAGUGUUAGAUCCUGUUUCCACACCUGAACCCCAAACCAAAGACCAGGUCGCUGAAAAAGAUCCAACUCAAUGCAAGGAGGAUGAAGGCAAAAUGAAACCAGAAUACAAAGAAGACAGCGUUGAAAAAAUGAGAGAGACAGACAGCUCCAGCUGCUGA